AUGUCGAAACGCGUCCUCAGACCGACCAUUGGCGUCUGCCAUCUUUGCCAGUCCAUGCUAACUCGAAAGUCUUCCCCCGCGAUAUCAAUUCGAGCUACGAAGUCCGCGAACGCGACUCGCUUUUUCUCUUCGAGGCAUCCAAAAUAUCAAAAUACACAGAAAGAAUCUAUCAUACCGUCAGUCAGGAGGAAACAAUCAACAUCGAAAGAUGUAGAGCAGACAUUGCCGGCCGUGAAACACCGCAAAACGCUUCCCGAGAUAAAGCAAACAUUUACUGAGCUUAAGUCAAUCAGCAACGCAAUAUUGGAAGAUUUGGAAAGAAUACCCUCGGAAAAAGAAAUUGAGUCUUUUUACUUUCGAUGUAUAGAGCUAGCGAAGGCUCUCCAAGCUGGAAUAAAACCAGAGCAAACCGAUAACAAGGAAAGGAAGGAUCGAGCUACCUCCGCACUUCUCGAUUUGGAAGACGACGAGGGAGUACCGUCGAUAUCAAAUCAAACGCCAGAUCUAAUUCGCAUGGAAGACGAGCUCUCGAAGCUAGCCUACUCUAUUGCUGCGCAUCCUCCCAUUCCGUUAACAGCUAAUAUUUUGGCUGCAUAUGUCAAGAUUCAGCACACCUUGAAGAAACCAUCAACCCUUGCAGAUGUCUUUCAUUUAUAUGCCACCAAACCGAUACCAAAAGAAGGAACUACUCCUAUAACCUAUUCUGUCCAGAAUCCAGACAAAUCAUCCAAUGCUGUCCCUCAACCAAUAGCCGACAAAGCAUUAGAGGCUGCAAUCGAGAAGAGGGAUUUAGUAGCCGCCAUGGACAUCAUCGAGUUCUCUUAUGCAACGAAAGCCUAUCGACGUGCGAAGUUUAUAAAGACCGGUCUAUUGCCAGUCACUGGCUUCGCGGCUGCUCCAUUUGCCGCAUAUGUACUCGCCUCACGUCUUGCGCAUUGGCAAACUACAAUGGAACCGGAACUAGCUACAAAUGUUGCGUUUGCUGGAAUGGUAGCUUAUAUUGGCUUCACCGGGUCUAUUGGGGUAGUUGCUUUAACUACUGCAAAUGAUCAGAUGGAUCGCGUGACUUGGGCACCCGGGAUGCCACUGAGAGAACGUUGGGUACGAGAGGAUGAACGAGCAGCUAUUGACAAGAUUUCUGGUGCCUGGGGUUUCCGAGAAUUAUGGCGAAGAGGAGAAGAAGAAGGCGAGGAAUGGGAAGCUAUAAGAGAAUGGGCGGGUCUGAAGGGGAUGAUACUUGACCGAACAGAGCUCAUGGAGGGUAUGGAAUAA